UUUAUAGCUGAUAUUUAUGACCUUGUAAUUUGAUUUCCUUUACUUUUCAUUAUCGAGGAUACAUUUUUAAAUGUCAAUAUUAAUAAAAGUUGUGCCUUGAAAAUAAAGUUAAUCAGACUUUAAAGAAACUUUUUCAACAUCUGUAAAGAAUAAUAUACAAUUGAUAUUUAUUGCAACAUUGAAAAAGAGGGAAGCUAUACAGAAGUUGCUGCAAGCAUAAACAGUAUGGAUCCAAUAAGGAACCAACAAACAAACACAAACGUGGAUAUGAAAUGUCUAUUACUAAGAUUAAUAUACAAGAUAAAGAACCUUUCUCAAAAUCAUACUAACGAUGAUAUUCCUGAGAUCAAGUAUUUGCAUGAAUUUUCUACGUAUGAUGUGAUUCUUCCUGAAAUAAAUUUUAGUCCAAGACGAAUCAUCGAAUACAUGAUAGACGUACAUGAAUGUGGUAAGCGUAAAGUGGAAAAAAAAUCCGAUUUAUUAAAAACUGUAAUUUAUAAGUACUUUCAUUUAACAUCAAUCCGGCAAUUUGAAUUUUCUAAUAAUAUGUCUCUCACUGCUGAUCUUUUAACUAUUUGUUAUUUCUAUCAUGUAAUAAUACGCAAACACUACACUUUAAAAGUAAUGAAGGAUAUAUUUGAUAUAAUGAUAAACAAAUAUAAUAUAAAAAACAAAUUUGAAGUAAAGCUUAUUAAGGAAGCUUUGGACGAAAGAACGAUUACUGCAUUUAGAAUAGCAUACGCUUUUCCAAGCAUAUCCUUUCCAUUUUACGCUUAUACACCUGAUAUAAGUACGCCAAAUUAUUCACACGAUAUUUUUAAAGCUUUUCCUGGUCUAAGUAAAAUGCUUUGUUGCCCUCUAGUUCCUUGCGUUAUGCCACAAUUACAUUCAAGAAAUAAGGUAUUUACCCUCACAGCAUUGCUCAUUGCUGUAAACGUAAAAAAUAAUCAGAUUAUCAUAGACUCUAAAAAACAUCCAAAUUAUCCAGACAUGCCAUUAAAAGUAAUUUAUGAACGAAUCUGUAAGUUACAUGCUUCCACUGUCUUUCCUACAUCUUUAAAACUGGAACUAAACCAGAAAUGGGGCUUUGUAGAAAUGAAACAAGGUGUUUUUAAAUAUUCCGAUUAUUUUUUACGAUAUCGACGAAAAGCUCUUGACAUAAUAUUACAAAUAAAAUCAGAAGAUCCUGACCUAGAUGAAAUAAUUUGUAAAGUAUUUGUGGAUCCGUAAAUAUGUUUUGAUUUUAUAUCUUGCAUUUUACUCUGUUAUUUUAUGUAUAUUU